AUGUUGGCGACGACGGACGAAAAGGAGAUCAUUUCUAAAGUUUGGAAGGAACUUCCAGCAUGGGUGUUUUUUGCGGACAUGGAACGAGCUGAAUGGUUGAACAGAGUCAUCAGAAGGUUGUGGCCGUUCAUUGGACAUUUUGUCAAGAAAUUGCUUGAGAAGCAAAUUGAACCGCAGGUUGCGGAAACCCUCAAGUUCUACAAAAUCAAUAGUUUUCGGUAUGCUGGAGACUGUGAGUUCGAAGCAGUUGCGAGUGGGAUGGCAUUUGGGAUAACAGAUGUUCAGCUGAAAGGAAUGAUGAGGGUUGUGCUUCAGCCGCUUUUGCGAGACAUGCCGAUUGUUGGGGGAGUUCAGGCAUUUUUCCUGCAACCCCCUUCCCUGGACUUCAACAUGACGAACAUUGCAAAUGUUUUGGAAAUGCCAGGAAUCAAGGACUACAUAAGGGAAACCGUCUUGCAACAGAUCAACGCCAUGAUCGUUGUGCCCAACAAAUACGUCUUCAGUUUGUCUGACCAGGGAGCUUUAAGGGUUCUGAUCCUCGAAGCGAAAGAGUUGGAAAGGAAGGAUAUUGGUUUGCUGAAAAAGGGGAAGAGCGAUCCGUACGCCAAAAUUUCCAUUGGGGGUUUCUCGGAGAAGACGCAUAUUUUGGAGGACACGUUGGCCCCCGUGUGGAAUUACUGCUGCGAG